GGUGAUGGCCAAUUACACAUCAGCACAGGACGAGUAUGACGAGUAUGACGUGCUCAUAGAGGGGGAUCUGCCGGAUGACCUCGAAGGCCUCCAGACCACAUCAUGCGCCCCCUAUGACACCAGGAGCCUCCCUGUGGGGCCGGUGCCACCGCUCUAUGCUGCCUGCGGCGUGGCCGGGCUCCUGGGCCACACCGGGCUGGCGUUCAUCCUGGUAAAAUGCAAAGGACUCAGACACAUGGAAAACAUCUAUUUCUUAAACUUGGUUAUUUCUAACUUGUGCUUCUCGCUCGUCCUGCCUUUCUGGACUCUCACCGCCUCCCACGGGGAGAUCCUCAACGACCCCAUGUGCAAGAUCCUGGCUGCACUCUACUCUGUGGGCCUCUACGGGGAGGUGCUUUGGAACACCCUCCUGGCUGUGCAGCGGUACCUGGUGUCUUGCAACGUGCGAAGGAUUUCCACAGCUGCCAGGCUGCCCUGCCGCAUCAUGACAAGUGUCCUGGCCUGGGGCACGGUCAUUCUAUUCACGCUGCCUGAAUUCAUGCUUUACACAUCUCAGGAGGGAGGUCAGAAAAUCCAGUGCUCCUUUUAUGGGACUUCAUUCCUGCCAGCAGAUGAGCCAUUCUGGAAGAAGUUUCUGACCUUAAAGAUGAACAUUUUGGGAUUUCUUUUUCCACUGUUUGUUUCUCUAAGUUGCUACCUACUGACAUGCCAGGAGAGGAGAGACAAUCUUUUCAAGCUUGUUUUUGCCAUAACGGUUGUUUUCCUUCUGAUGUGGGGACCCUACAAUAUUGUGCUGUUCCUGGCUACUUUCAAAGAAUACUUCUCACUGCAUGGCUGCAGAAGCACCUACCUCCUGGACAGAGGUGUCCAGAUAACGAAACUCCUGGCCACCUCCCACUGCUGUGUCAACCUGCUCCUCGUUGUGCUUUUGGACAAGACAGUUAGGCAACACCUCUACAGCCUCUGCCCUUGGUGUGGCAGCACUCUGACUGGACACCCCCAGGCACCCGAAUACGACUCGCCACAGAGAGAACACAGGUGUUCCUCUGAAGUUUAAACCAGCCCUUCA